AUGUUUCAAUAUGAAAUUCUUGAAGAAUACUUCUUUGAAGCUCACGAGCUUUCGAAUUGGACAAACAUUAUUGCAAGAACUACAAAGCAACCUUCUGAUCGAAAUAUUUAUUUUGAAACUGAUGAAGUUCUCGAUAUGUGGAUAGAUCAUGUGUAUCUUGGACCUGAAGAACCCUUUGAUAGAUGCAAUAGAUUUGAGCUCGACCCCUUCAAUGUUCGCUACAUGUCUCCCUUACAAUACUGCGAAGACAGUGUGCUCAAAACAGUUGAAGACGGAUAUUUUUUGAAUUACCUUCGCUCGAAUCAAUUUGCUUGUCAUGAGGGAAAUUAUUGCAUGACCGGGCAGCAGUGGCAAUGUGAAAGAGGAACAUAUCAGCCGAAUGAAGCCAUGUCUUAUUGCUUUGAUUGUCCAAAGGGGUAUUUUUGCAAUGAAGAAAAUAUGAUUGCCCCGAAGCCCUGUGAAGCUGGAACAUUCCAGCCUUAUGCAGCUGCUCUCGGCUGUGAGAGCUGUCUUCCUGGAAAUAAAUGUCCACUGAUGAAUAUGACAGAGGCAACACCAUGUGAACCCGGAACGUAUCAGUCUGAAUAUGGAAGAGAAUCUUGCGAACUUUGCCCUCCAAACACGUACUGUCCGUACAGCAACAUGACCUAUUACGAUCAAUGCCCCCUUGGUUUCACUUGUCCCAACUCGACUCAUCCUGAGCCUUGCCCAAGUGGACAGAUAACUCCCUUACAAGGUGCUUCUUGUGAAACAUGCCCAAAUGGAAAAUACGCAAAUUUGAUCGCAACCGAAUGUCUAACUUGUAACAUCAACCACUUUUGUGUCAAUGGGAUUGAGAAGCCAUGUGAUUUGGGAACAGAAGCUUUGAAUGAGGGUCUGAGUGAGUGUGAAAACUGCCCAGUCUAUUUCUUUCGAAAUGAGUCGAUGGACUCAUGUAGCCAAGUCCCGAAUGGGUAUACCUCCGAGAAUCGGGUAAACUUGACAGAAUGUGAAGCAGGGCACAAGUGUAUAAAUGGACUAUCGGAAGAAUGCUCACCAGGAACAUAUCAAGACGAGACCGGCAAGGACUCGUGCAAGAUAUGCGAAGUUCAUCGGUUCCAGGAUCGAAAAGGAAGAACAAAAUGCAAAAUGUCUCGCAAAGGAACCGAAGUUUUGACCACUGGAGCGACGCAAAAUAUAUCUUGUGCCGCUGGCUUUUAUAAUCCAGAAAUGGCGGAGCCUUGUAAAAUUUGCAAUCCGGGAUUCAAAUGCCCAACGAAUGGGCUUGUCGACCAAAUUUCAUGCGAGCCGGGAGAAUAUCAAGACCAACAAGGGUCAACUGAUUGCAAACCAUGCCCACUUGGUCAUUUCUGCCCUUCCGCAAAUAUGACCACUAAGAUACAGUGCGAGUCAGGGUGGAUUGCAACUUCACUUCGGAGUUUACAAUGUACCAAAUGCGAUGUCGGAUUUGAGGAAGAUAAAGACAUGCCGAUCGAGAACGAUGAUAUUCGCUGCAAAAUAAUUCCUUAUGGAAAUUGA